GAGUAUCACAUGACCCUCUCCAGGAAGUGGUCGUCAUGUGAUCUCAUUCAGCGUUUUGCACGUAGAGGACACUGCGUUUGUCAGUCAGUGUGUACUAAAAUAUCAAAAGCAUGGAUAGGUUUGACAAGACCUCGCUCAAUGCAGCCCCGGCGUCAGCACCAGACUUCAGAGGGAAUGAUGGCUCCUUGGUGUCAGCGCUGAAGACUCUUCUGUUCUUUACAAUCCUGAUGAUCACCUUACCGAUUGGACUAUAUUUUGCAUCAAAGUCGUACUUCUUUGAAGCAACUUUGGGGCUAUCCAAUAAUGACAGCUACUUCUACGCAGCGAUUGUGGCCGUGGUGGCUGUGCACAUGGUGUUGGCCAUGUUUGUCUACGUGGCUUGGAAUGAAGGCUCGAAUCAGUGGCGGGAAGGCAAGCAGGACUAACGGCUGACCUCUUUCGGGCAGACGUUUCUUGGUGGAGCACAUUAAAGAAGCAGGCAGGACUGACUCGUACAGCUGAGAAGUGCACAGGGGCGUUUAGAACGUCAUGAAGGAGCUCAGUAGCCCUUUUUUGCUACAGAGACGGCAAUUUCUCUGAAAAAGGAAAGGUUCCUAACAACAUGUCGUGGGUGUGCUCUUUACUGCUU